GCUGCUCUCAGUGCAAACUCCUGUCUGAUCCUGUAACACACAACAUGUCGCUGUACAGGAACACUGUGUGGUUUAUAAAGGGGCUGAGAGAAUACACCAAAGGUGGAUAUGAAGCGGCAGCCAAACACUUUUGUGCCGGUGAUUUGGAAGUGGAUGUCACUGGAAGACACUACAUGAUUACUGGUGCUAACAGUGGGAUUGGCAAAGCAACGGCUCUGGCAAUAGCAAAAAAAGGUGGCACUGUUCAUUUAGUGUGUAGAAACAGCGAACGAGCAGAAGAAGCCAAAAAUGAGAUAAUAUCUAGCAGUGGGAACCAGAAUGUGGUGGUGCAUUUGCUGGACAUGUCCAAUCCCAGAGCAAUAUGGGAAUUUGCAGAAAAAUUUAAGACUGAGAACAAGCUGAAUGUCUUGAUAAACAAUGCUGGCUGCAUGGUAAACAAACGAGAGCUAACAGAUGACGGCUUGGAGAAAAACUUUGCCACCAACACUAUGGGUUUGUAUAUUCUGACCAAAGCUUUGCUGCCUGUUCUGGAGAAGGAAGAUGAUGCUCGAGUAGUAAAUGUUGCUUCGGGGGGUAUGCUAGUCCAAAAGCUAAAUGUCUCAGACCUACAAUUUGAAAAUGGGACAUUUGAUGGGACAAUGGCCUAUGCACAGAACAAGAGACAGCAAGUAAUCCUAACAGAACAGUGGGCUAAGUCCUACCCAAAAAUCCACUUCUCUGUCAUGCACCCGGGCUGGGCAGACACGCCAGCGGUGCGAUCCUCCAUGCCAGACUUCUAUGAGAAAAUGAAGAAUAGGUUACGCACAGAGGAUCAAGGAGCUGAUACUGUAAUUUGGCUGUCGCUGUCUCCAGCUUCCAUUAAACAUCCCAGCGGGCUCUUCUUUCAAGAUCGAAAACCUGUUUCUACUCACUUACCCCUGGCGAGUACUCAAUCGUCUCCUGGGGAUGAAGAGAAGCUUUUAGAAACCCUUGAAGAGCUCUCUCAGCGAUUUGCACCGGCCGCCUGUAAACUGUAAACUUUCUUACAAUGUGAUUUACAUACUAAACUGGGUGGAAAAUGAGGCAUCGUUUACUUGGCUUAAUAGAAUGUCUGCUGUUCAUAAUAAAAUGUAUUUCCCGUAA